AUGAACAAAAUAAUCGACUUACAUAUUACAGAAACUCAAGACCUUUGGGAGUUUUUUGAACCUACUGAUCACCAAGAAGGUGAAGUUGACUCCAAGGCAUUGAGGAAGCAGAAUGCUGCAGCUUUACAUGCAAUUCAAAUUUCUUGUGCACCACGCAUACUUUCCAAGAUUAGGCACAUCACUUCAGCCAAAUUUGCCUGGGAUACUCCAACCAAUUUGCAAAAGCAACAUGCAGCGAGCCACAAAGAGCAAUCUGUUGAAGAAGCCAAUUCCACUAGAGAAUUAUUCUAUGCUGCAAUUCCACUAGAGAAGAUAUGUCCUGGAGUGUUAUCUUGUGUAGAUAUUAUUGCCGUGGCAGCAAGAGAUGCAUUUGCAUAUGUGAAAAAAUGGAAAAUAUCAGUGGGUAGUCCAUCUUGGGAAGUUAAGCUUGGAAAUACAGAUAAGUCGAACUUUAGCCAACUCAGAACUACCUGCUCUCGGCUUCGAAAAGAAAGGACUUGCUGUAGGGGACAUGGUCGCUUAUGUUCUCAUACUCUAGGACAAGCUCAAUGCUUUACAUUCCGUGAAAGGAUAUACAAUCACAGCAACAUUGAUGCUGGAUUUGCUAGCACUCGCAAGAGGCGUUGUUGUCCAAGUGUCGGUACGUAG